AUGGAGAGCGCCAUGGAGAUGCCAGAGUGCCCGGUUUGCCUCCAAGUCUACGACGGGGAGGAGGCGAUUCCUCGCGUGCUUUCCUGUGGCCACUCCGUUUGCUCCCCCUGCAUCGGGCUGCUGUCUUCUUCGUCCAUGGCCCGGUCCUUCCCCGACACCAUCCGCUGCCCCGCCUGCAACCAGGUGGUCCCCUUCCCCAGCGGCCAGGGUCCCAGCGCUCUCCCCAAGAACAUCGACCUGCUCCGCCUCUGCUCCUCCUCGCCUUCCUCCCGCCAGGUCCAUUCUCGGCCACGAGAGAUGAAGGAUGCGGAAUUCUUGCCGCUUCCUUGGGAUGAUCAGUUUUUCGCCUCCUGGAAGGACUUGAUCGUUCCAGCUGAUGCUAUAUCCAUCACGGCACCGUUUGAUUCCGGGACAGAUGCGGUGUCUGGGACGCUGACGAGAGAUUAUACUUGCGGUCGUAGUCGGCGCUUCCGGGAAAACCAAACCGUCCGUCUUCUGGCUGUUGGUGCUUAUUUUUCCUCGUAUCCUUCCCUUUCAGCGGAAGCUGGAUCGGGGCAGUUCAAAUUGAGUAGCACGGCUAGAGUCAUGGAAGCUUUGAGUAAGCUAACCGAGAAGGAGAGGGCGGAGUUACAUCUGAUCGUGGCGGCCCCUUCCAGACAAAGGCAUGGUCUUUGUAGAGUUUUAGGGUUGUGGAUGAGCUCGGAGGAGAAUUCACCACUGUUCUUGGUAGGUGAAGCGUUCCAAUUUGGUCUUUCCCGCGCGCCGGAUGGCAACGAGGAGAUGGGGCUAGUUAAUCCCGACGACGUGUUUGGGUUUGCGAAAGUCAGCAUGGAGUUUUGUGAGGCGAUGGUCGGCUUGCACUCACAAGGUAUAGCCUGUGGGUGCUUAACACCGUCCUGCUUCCGUUUUGAUUCGUAUGGGCACUGCUCCUUAGAUAUGAACGAGGUUUUGCUAGCGUGUAGGAGAGUGAGGAUGGAUGUGGCUGAAGCCACGAGUAGCAGCAACCAGUGUUUUGUCAGUCCAGAGCUUCGCAAAGAGCUACUUUUGAAUAAACCUGACCCGAGUUGCGGUAGUGGGGUGGCUUAUGGAUCAGAUGUUUGGUCGUUGGCUUGCAUUCUGAUUAUGCUUAUUGUAGGAGAGGGGCAACACUGCACGUUGUGGGAUGAUUUUACCGUGAAUGAUUCUGUUGAAUUGAACUACGAUUUGUAUGAUAUCUGGCUGAAGAAGCUGACCUCCAAGUUAAAAAGUUCAUUGCAGGGAACAAGAUUUGAGAGCCUGCUGCCUAUUCUCGAAUCCUGUUUGAACCAUGACCCAAAGAAUCGUCCUGGAGUAGAAGACAUGUGGAGAUGUCUUAUGAGUCUGUCCAUCAGAUCUAUCUACACUGUUCCUGCUGGUUCAGAGACCCUGGCUGCCAAGGACCUUUUGUGCUGCUUGGUUCUUGGAGAUCUGUGCCGCGUGCCUAAAUCUGGAGAUCACCCGUGUGUGAAGGAGAGAAAAAUCUUGAAGGGGGCUAAGAUGACAGUAGAUGAUCUCUCUGGUUUGCCCCUGGAGACCAGUUGCGGACAGGAUGUUGAGCAUUCCCAGCAGGAUGAAACUGAUCGACUGUUAGACAAGCGUUUUCAUGGUGCGGGUUUGCAAUCUGUUUCUCUAAGCGGUCACAAGGAUUGUAUCACUGGGUUGGCCGAAGGAGGUACCCACUCUACUAAGCUUCAUGAGAUAUCUCUGGUUUUGCAGUCUUUCUGCUUGUCUUCCCUCUCCUUUUCCACCUGACUGAUCAAAUUUAAUCCUUGCUUUGACUAUUUUCACCCACCCUUGCAAGACUUCUUUCAAUAUAUAUACUUUGCACGCGAAGAUUAUAUGUUCAAUCUUUUAUCCAUUGUUAUAUAGCAUGCUAGCGAUAAGAAUUCUAAGUUAAGAAAGCAGUGUAGAAAUUUUCGUGGCACUCGGUUGCCAUGGACAGAAUCUCCUAAAGUGUGAACACUGGGACCUCAUAUUUGUGAAAUUCUUUCCAGCAUUUAUCCCCCGUGUCUCCAUUUGGAGCAUUCGGCAUUUUCCCUAUGCGAUUGGGCAUUCUAUUUUCAAUCUUUUUAAAUAAAAAAUUAGCAUGAUAUAGGUUCAUUCGACCAUCCGGGAAAAGCCUCCUCACUAACUCUGGAAGAAUUAGCGUAUGAUACAGCUCUACUGAUGAGUGAUCCUGGGGUGAUGGAACUCCCAUCAAAUGCGCUGGCUUAUUCUUAUCGUCGACUAAUGCACAUAUUAUCAUCGAAUUCUCUUCAGAUUUUGGUCCAUUUUAACUUUAGAAAAACCCUCACUAUUGUAGGUGGUUUUCUUUUUAGCUGCUCCUUUGACAAAACGGUCCAUGUAUGGUCCCUGCAGGUAAAUUCUCGUAAUCCUUUGCAUUUUUUCACGAUUUAUCCGUUGAUUAAUUGCCCUUUAUUUAUUUGAAAACUUUUCUUCUUUUUUUUCACCCACACAUUCUAUUGAAGUUUAAGUUGCAUUUUUGCAACACCGGUUGACCUUACAGAGAGCCAUGCUGUUCAUAAAUAAAGAGUUUGGCCGAACUAUCGUUGAAUUUUAUUUUAUUUUUGUUUGGAGAACAAGUAGCUCACAAACCAGGUUUCAUUCGGACUGUAGUUCUUCCAAAGACCACAUCUUGGCCGCAUUACUUGCUUCCCUUCAUAGCUUUCAUGGAAAGCAGGAGUAACCCAUCUGAUGGAUGUUGACGAAAAUUAUAGAGUGGAGUAGAAGAAAAAAACCAACGAUUAUUGAGAAAUGAUGAUAGAUCACAAAGAAAAAAAGAAACCGUGGAGCAUGCGAUAAUAUUUGACAUUAUCUCCUUUUUUUCAACCAAUUCGAGCCCAUUCCCUGGCAUUUUCUACAUGAUUAAUAAGUACAAGUCUUCCUGAGUUGGCACCAAAGUUCAUAAAAAAGGAGAAACUAGAAAUAAACACAAGUCGCAAUUUCUUCGACUAGGCAGCUCCAGCAUCUGAUUGAUUAUUCCCAUCUUUCAUGGCGGCGACGGCGGUAUUUUUUUCAGACUAAUAGUCUUACCGGAUGCAGGAUUUUUCCCUAGUCCGAACCCUGAGGGGCCCAGAGCACAAACUCAUGGCCGUGGUUGCUGUGAAUCCCGCCGGGAAACCGAUGUGCAUAGCUGGCGACAGCGGAGGGGGCCUUUGUGCCUGGGACGUCUCCAUCUCCGACACUGAAGAAGAAGAGCCUAUGAGGAGAUGGCACCACCACAAUGACUGGCGUUACAGCGGCGUUCACUCUCUGGCUGCGUCGGAGUCCCAGUUUCUGUACAGCGGCGGCGGGGACAGAUCCAUUAAGGCCUGGUCCUUGCAGGUUAGAAUCGGCACCUUCUUGCCAUCUGCUCCUCCUUUGCUAUUGAGAUUUUUGGGUUCUUCACCAGGAGAAGAAAGAACGUCUCCUCCAUUUUUUCUGUUGAGAAGAGAAGCAAUUCUUCUUCCACCGACUAACUAUCUAUCUAUCUAUCUAUCCCUAGGAUUUUUCUCUGGCCUGCACGUUGACGGGGCACAAGUCAGCGGUCUCCUGCUUGGCGGCCUCCGAGGGGAUCCUCUUCAGCGGGAGCUGGGACGGAACCAUCCGCCUCUGGUGGCUCCACGACCAUACACCGCUGGCGGUGCUCGAGGACGGCGGAUUGCCCAAGGGGACCUCCGUCCUCUCCCUCUCCGUCUCUGUCGCCGGCCGUCUCCUCGCCGCUUCCUACGACACCGGAGCCAUCAAGGUACGUCUGAUACGUCUCUGCCAUUCCUUUUAACAGCCGAAUAUGAUGGGUGGCGUGGCUCGCUCCAAAUGGGCUCAGGUGUGGAGGGACGGGCGUCUCCUGAAGUCGGCGCAGGUCCUGGAUGGGGCCAUCUUCUCUGUGGACGUGGACGGGAGAUGGGUCUUCGCCGGAGGAUGGGACAGGACCGUCCAGGUGCAGGUUCGUGUCAUCCCUUCUGCUGAUCGUCUUGACGGGUUGACACUUUAAGUAACAGGUGGAGUUCCUCUGCUGCUCCUCAAGUCUCUUCUUCUUCUUGUGUCGUAGGAACUCUCGGAGAAUGAUGGGUUUGAGGCGGAGUUGAGACCCGUUGGGUCGAUUCCUUCCGAUUCCGUCGUCACUUCCAUACUGCACUGGCGAGGAAGGCUUUUCGUAGGCGGCUCCAGCAGGGAUGUCAAGGUAUAUAUAUAUAUCUCUCUCUCUCUCCCCGUCUCUCUGUUCUCUGGUGAAUCACACAGCAGUCUUAUUUUAGGUGUACUACUACUGCCAAGAGUCUGGCGAAGGAGACAACGACUCCUGUUGA